UUUCCCCCAAGCGAGAGUUCCACCGCCGGCGGUGGGUCGGCCUUCGCCCGCCGUCGGAACGUCCGAAUUCGAGGGCAGGGCAUUGCUGACGUGUGCUUGUUGUGCAUGGGUUUUGGCCGAACAGCCCAGUCAUUUUCGGGUAGGGGAAAGAAAAACCGGGUACCCCUCCGGGGAGUGAGUAGUCAAGAUCGGAUGCACCCGGUGGAAAGACGAUUGAGGGUCGACGGCGAAGACAUCAACUCCGACGACAUCUACACGCUCGAGACCAUCGAGGUCUUCAAGGCGGAGGACCCGGGUCCCAACGAGUACGACGAGGCCGGGAGUCAGUUUGAGAUCACCACGGCGGGAAACUCGGGCCUCUGUGGGGUGUACAUGGACGCGGAUGGGUCGACAGAGUACCUUAUCGACCUCAACCGACAGAGCGACGGAAGUCUCCGCGCGGCCGGUAUCUGCGGCGUGUUUCGGGAGUGGGACGAGGCAGACCGGGCAGAGCUGGAGGAGGGCUGCGACGACUACGACCCCUGCAACGGGGAAUGCGGCGAGUUUCAGGUGUGCCUGUGCAACAAAGACAACGGGGAGGAGUGCGAGAGACGCGCGUAG